AUGGCACACUAUCAGAACCAGUACGGUGCUGUUCCUAUAAGCAAGGAUUCAGUUCAGAAGGAAAUGGAGACCGCCGGAGACACCACCGGCGUUGGUGGUGGCACACAAGUCUUGUCAGAUGAAUAUGGUAUUGGUAGAGCCACCGCUGACAGUACUAGCGGUGUGGGUGGUGCAUCCUAUGCAACGGAUGAGAACGAGCACCAUCACAAGAAGAAAGGAAUAAUGGAGAAGAUAAAGGAGAAACUUCCUGGAACACACCACCACAACAAUUAA